AUGUUUGUCAUUAGAAGAAGAUAUAGAUUGGCAAUGGAAAGCAAUUAAGACGAUAAUUAAAAAGAUUAAAUUGAGGAUGCAUAAAACGAAGAUGAGAAUGUUAUUAAUGAAUAUGAAGAUAACGAAAAGAAAAACGAAAAAAAAAAAAUAAUAUUAACAACAAGUAAUUGA